UAAAUGUCGCGUGGCGAGACGCGGAAACUCGCCGCUGGUCGGCGCCACCGUACCGACGUCCGGUAUACUAGUCCACAUUUUUGGCGGCAGCCGCCCAGUCUAAGGUCCAAUCUCCGAACCGAACGGUCGUCCGAAAUACUUAGCGAACGAGUGAGUUUAACAGUUCAGUAGAGCGGUAAAAUGGACGCGCGCUUCAGAAGCAAUCUCGACAUGAUUGGGCGCAACGAGCCCAUCACAAGGAAAGCCAAAUUCUGGCAAAGUUAUGUCCGAGCCUUAAAAGGCACCGAUGAUAUGAGGGCUCCUGAACACACGCACAGACCCCGCAGCAUUUUCCGCUCUGAUUACCCUGAGCUGUCCUCCUCGUGGCCUUUCGGAAAGUCUAUCUUUGAAAAUCCCAUUCACGCGGCCGAUCGCAUCAAUGUUCCUGGAUACAGGUACUUGCCCGUUCACCGUGAGAUCUACGGUUACUCACCGAGGCAGAUCUACCCCCAUCAAUACAAACCUGUAGAACGCUUCACCCCCGCGAAACCAUUCGACCCUGAGAAAGCUUGGACCGACCAUCUGAACCGUUUGGCAGACAUCGACAGGAUGUACCCAAGCAAAACGCCUCUACUCUCUCGGCAUAUAAGCCCUCCGCUCAGUGCGAAACGAUUGUUCGACAUCCACGGUAACCUGUUAUUCGAUAACGAUUUCUUACCGUCUUUCUCUACAUUGCUUCGGAGGAAGCCUUUAUUCGACCUUCUCGAACCAUCACCAAUGGCACCGGUCAGUGCGUUCACCAGAGACCCAUGGUGGUACCCGAGCUACGCUCCUUAUAUCCCGGGCUAUGCUCAAAGAGCCACCCCGUUCUAUCUAAGGGACAGUUACCUUAGCCCUGUAAAGCGUAGCUACCUGUGGAGCCGACAUCCAAUCAGGCCUCUCGGAGCGUUAUACUACUAUUAUUCGCAGCCAGUUCCACGAUUUCACUUUAGCAGCCCGUGGUACAAUAAACGUACCACAUAUUAAGAAAAAAAACUCACGUCUACUGAUGACUGUGUCGCCCCACAUGGAACGCAUGAUACGAAAAGAAGCGAUGAAAAAAGUGAAAUAAAACCACGAAAAAAUAAAACAAAAAAUAGAUAUGAAACAGUAUUCGCAUCGUAUCCCAAAAAACCGUUCGACACCUAUUGCCUGACUCUUUGUCUUUUGUUUCUCACAGUGCGUACCAUCGUCCACGGAGUUUUAUUUAUUAACAUUUCUCGACACCAUGGUUUAUUGUACUCUUCAUACGUACUGUCUACGAAUAAAAUAAACACUGCCCAAAUUUUA